ACGAGUCCGGCGAGGAUGCGCGCUGACGUCACCAGCCCGUUGAUUUGCUAAGCGGCGCGAGGAGAGGAGUUAGUGCGCGUGAGAGCGGGUACUGUGAACUGCGUUACUAUGCUACAGUCCUAAUAACCGCACACUCGCGAGCGAAACGUGCGACACAGAUUGACCUUAUCUUGUUUACAAAGAUAACUAAACAGACUGCCACGUGGAAAGAAAGACUCAUGAGUUGGCCGUGUGGAUUUCAGAGACGUUAUGGAUUUGACUAAAAUGGGUAUGAUCCAGCUCCAGAACCCCAAUCACCCCAAUGCCCUGCUACACAAGGCAAAUCAGAUGCGGCUGGCCGGCACGCUGUGCGACGUGGUCAUCAUGGUGGACAGCCAGGAGUUCCACGCUCACCGGACCGUGUUGGCCUGCACCAGCAAAAUGUUCGAGAUCCUCUUUCACCGAAACAGCCAACAUUACACUCUCGACUUUCUGUCACCAAAGACCUUCCAGCAGAUUCUGGAGUAUGCUUACACUGCCACUCUCCAAGCUAAAGUGGAAGAUCUGGAUGACCUGCUGUAUGCGGCAGAGAUAUUAGAAAUAGAAUACCUGGAAGAGCAAUGCUUGAAGAUACUGGAGACCAUCCAGUCCUCUGACGAAAACGACACGGAGGUCAACAUGAACGACGGCGGUGGGGAAGAUGAUGAAGAACGUAAGGGGAGGCACGGCAGGAACGGGACAGGUCCGAAAAAGCAUUCCAUGGAGGACAGCGGCUACAUCUCGGCUGCCCAUCAGGUACUGCCGGGAAUGGUGGACCAGAGUCCGUCGGUCUCCACCUCUUUCGGUCUCUCCACCCUGAGCCCAACUAAAGCGGCCGUUGACAGCCUAAUGAGCAUCGGCCAGUCCCUCCUGCAGAGCACCAUGCACCCCGGAAUUGGCACCGAACAGCCCCUGCAUGGCAACUCUCACCCUAUGAUGGGAGAGAUUAAGAUGGAGAUGAUGCAAGUAGAUGAGAGCGGAGAGCACGGGAGCCCCAAAGCCAUGGAGUCCGGCAGCUCCAGCAACGGCGAACGCAGCGGUGAUCUCGACAAGAACCGAGAUGGCCCUGGAACCCCUACCAGGAGCAGUGUGAUCACCAGUGCCCGUGAGCUGCACUACGUUAGGGAGGAAGGUGUUGGAGAGCAGCAGAUCGAGGUCGGCCAGAUGGGGCUGGAGGCAAUGGCAGGCAUGACAGAAAAACACUUGGCGUCCCUCUAUGGGUUGCCACACAACCAUAAGAACGAAGCCAUGCUGUCUAUGCCUGCCUCGAUGGCUUCAUCCUUACACAUGACACCAGCCCUGGCCAUGUCCAUGGACUUCAGUGCUUAUGGGGGUCUGUUGCCGCAGAGCUUCAUCCAAAGGGAGUUCUUCAGCAAGCUCGGUGAGCUAGCCGCUGGGAUGAAGCCUGAUGGCCGUAGCCAACACGAGCGCUGCAACGUGUGUGGUGCUGAACUUCCUGACAAUGAAGCCAUUGAGCAACAUAGGAAACUACACAGUGGAAUGAAGACCUACGGUUGUGAGCUUUGUGGCAAACGCUUCUUGGACAGUCUGCGCCUGAGGAUGCACUUGCUGUCUCACUCAGCUGGUGAGAAAGCCAUUGUCUGUGACCAGUGUGGAGCUCAGUUCCAGAAGGAAGAUGCUCUGGAGGCUCACCGACAAAUUCACACAGGAUCAGAUAUGGCCAUCUUCUGUUUGCUGUGUGGGAAACGGUUCCAGACGCAGACGGCUCUGCAGCAGCACAUGGAGGUCCACGCAGGCGUGCGCAGCUACAUCUGCAGCGAGUGCAACCGCACUUUUCCCAGCCACACCGCACUCAAGCGCCAUCUCCGCUCACAUACAGCAGGUGACCAUCCGUUCGAGUGCGAGUUCUGCGGCAGCUGCUUCAGAGAUGAGAGCACGCUGAAGGGACACAAACGCAUCCACACCGGAGAGAAGCCCUAUGAAUGUAACGGCUGCGGCAAGAAGUUCAGCCUCAAACACCAGCUGGAGACCCACUACCGUGUCCAUACAGGUGAGAAGCCGUUUGAGUGUAAGCUGUGCCACCAGCGCUCCAGGGAUUACUCGGCCAUGAUCAAACACCUGCGCACUCACAACGGAGCCUCGCCGUACCAGUGCACCAUCUGCCUGGAAUACUGCCCCAGCCUCUCCGCCAUGCAGAAGCACAUGAAGGGCCACAAGCCAGAAGACAUCCCCCCAGACUGGAGGAUAGAGAAGACUUACCUGUACCUCUGCUACGUCUGAGAGGGGAGCGGGCCGUGCCCGGCCUGAGAGGGAGGCGGGAGGGUGGGAUGGGUUGUUGAACGCCUGUCGUGAUGGCAGGUAGCGUGAAAACACAGUCAGUUUGUCACUGAAGAGGAAAUGCACAGAGAAAGCAAAUGGGCACAUUGAUCCAAGGGGCUGGGCUGGGCAGAACGAAAAAGGACAAGAAGUAGAAAGACAAUGUGAAACAAAAUCUUACCCUCUCGUCAGUCAUUUCUGUGUCGUAAGUGUUUUUCACGGAUCAUAUGGGAAGUCUUCAUUAUAUGCCAGGCAUCACGUUAUGUCCCAGAAAAUCCAAUAUAUCCAAAUAUCAAAAGUCGUAUCAAUCAUAAUUCUCUCACUUCAGCAACAAUUGCACCAACCGAGAGCGACUCUUUGAAAGGGCGCCCUCUCCUGGUACAUGAUAGUAUAAUGCAGUCUCUUUCACUGUGUUAGUGUAAAUAAGACACAGUAGCCUCUGCUUUUUUAUCUGUAUUGACUGAUCAGAGUGAUCACAGCAGAAAAGUUGAUGCCUAAAAGCACUUAGAUCUGAUAAAUACGAAUAGCCAUGUUCAUCAAAGACAUUACUGUGAACUGGGACAUAAGCUUCACGCAUAUUGAUGAUGCCCAGCCAAACACUCAGUGGGUAGAGAUCCCUCCCAUAUGAUUCACAUUCAUUAAGGGCUUAUUGGUUUAACCACCGUACAAAUCUGUUCAUCAAUGUCAUUUUACUCUUUUUUUUUUUUUUUGGUUUCAUAAUCUCCAGCAUAGACUCGUUGCUUCACACGCGUAUAACAAGCUAAAUUUACGACGACAGUUUCUGUUUGAUGCUUUUAUUUUCCAAAAUAACGCUUUAUGUUCGUCAAGCGUAAAAUCGACAUUAUCUGUUUCGCUUCUGUUUUCCUCCACUCAUGUUUCGUACGCACACGACUGGUCUGAGAAUCAGUUUGACGCAAAGUAAUCACUAUAGUCGACGUCUGAACUGAAUAACUUGGCAAUACAUACAGAACAUUCAUUACUGGACACUAGACAUCUAAUGAACUGUUUAUGCUGUUGUUAUAGAGACCAAAAUGAUGACUGAAGCUGCUUGUGUCAGUGGCUUAGAGACAAAACAGCAGUGUGACAUGCGGGGCUUGUUCGCACAUAUCUGAACGAUCGGUAACACAGUGAUAACGUAGUACGAAACGUGUCCUGAAUGAAAGAACAGACCGGAUCGACUCUUUGGUUCGCGUUCCUCUGCUUUUGUCUGUGUUUCCUUAUACGCCUCGGUUUUAGCACAUCGUACUUGAAUUACCUCGUUUUUGUGACCUCAUGUGCUAGUGUUUCGUUUCUUUUUUUUGUGUAUAUUUGAUUGUUUGCUUGCUGUUUGUCUUUCUGCUAUGUUGAGCAGGGGAGAUUUGAAAGCAGCGUGUGCUUAAGUACUUAAGAAAUUAAGUGCCACAGUUGAGAGAGAUAUUUGUCUUUCGUUAACGUUUUUGUUUUUUGUCUCGUUUUGCAUUAAUCUUACCAAAUUUGGUAUUAUUUUUUAUUUACUAACCCUGCUUGUUAAAGAGCUUGUGGGUUCGGUCAUAUUUGUAAGCUACCUCUAAGUUUUGACAUUUUUCGUUUCGCAAAAGCACAUUUUUGUGUUUGCGUUUUGCAUAUAACUUCAUCUCAUGCUUUCGAGUGUUCACGUUUGUAAGCAAGGGUAAGAUUUACUCGAACUGGUAAUAGGAAAGUGAUUAUAAAGUCAUAACUUUACCUAUGAGAGAACCCCCCCAGCCCUGUAAACCUUACCUUAAGAGCAGAUUUUUAAAGCCUUAUGUUUGGGGUCAAAGUUGAUCUGGGAGGCGAAUAUAUGGAACAAGUGAAGUGUAGUACUUUAAAGUUUGAAAAAAACAAUAAACUUGAAAAUAUGUGAAUAGAAUUGUAGUUUUGUAAUGUGAAAAAAAUACGGUUCGCCAAGUUUGAACCACAAAGAACAGGUCAUAUGCAGCAGUGCAUUGUGCGUUGGACAAUUGGGACUGCAAGUGGUAAUCAAAGACGAAAGGAAGAAAAAAAAUUAAAUCCUGUCAGUUGACAUGUUUCUUUGUAUGAGUGUAGUCCUGAGCAAGAGCCAACGAGGCCAUUUGAUAUAUAAAAUUGUGAUAUUUUUGUAUUAAGUGUCGGUCUUUUUUCCAUUGGUUGAGGUUGCAGCGAGGCAAAACUUUGUAGUUCUUUUUUUAUAUCAUUAUUCUCUCGUUUGAAUCGUUUGCCUUGCUCCUCUUUGGUAAUGUUGGACCGUGUGUGAUCCUAUAGUGAUAAAUGUUGCUUUCUGGAUGUCAAAUACAUUGCAGGUGAAGGACUAAAUCAGCCACAUUCUCCUUUGUGAAAAUAACAACAACAACAACAACAAAACAAAAAAUGAUGUGAUACCAAUGAUCAAUUACAUUGUACACGGCAUCUCAAACAAUCACGUUGCCAACUUUUUGGGUUUUUUUACUUGAAGUGACUUUAAAAAAAAAAAAGAAGAAGAAGGGAUGGUGAAGACGCAUCACAGGAAAUGUAAUUGUCGUGUCUUGCCGUUGUUUUCUGGAAAACACUGUGAGUUUGGGGAUCUUUUGCCCCCUGUGAGAAUUUAAAAUGAGUAGCUCCAUGAAAAGACAGAUAUAUAUUUUGUUCUGUAAAUGGAUAAUGUUAACCAAUGUUAAAUGGAUAAAACAGAGUUUGUGGCAACAAUACGAGAUAUUAAGUCACAUACCGGUGUCACUGUUCUCUAAAUUCGUUUGUGUUACUUUUGUAUUAUUACUUUGAAUGUGGUUUCACAUAUAGUGUAUGUUUGAGUGUGUAUGUGUGAGUAUGUGUAUGUGAGAGAUGCACAUUAGUGUCAAAUGCACUAAUCGGUAAGUCAUAUUCUAUUGCCACUUUUCUCUCAUGGUGAUGAAAAAAAUAUUGGCUUUGAUAUAGUUCUUCCCUCAAUGUUCUUAUGAUGUUUCUGUAAUAUCUUUGUGCCUAAAUGAAAUUGUUCAACAAAUUGUCCACAUAUAUCUGCUUAGUUUCUGUAUUUUCAAAAGAAGUUUAUUGGUGUCUUCAGGGCUCCAGGGGUGUCAUGAUGAUGAUGAUGAUGAUGAUUGGAAUAGCGUAUCCUUACUUCAAGUUCCCCCGCACGGGACUAAGCCAAUCCAACGUGAGGUCGAUAAUAGUUUUGUUUUUAUAAUUAUCAUUUGGUCUGUUUUUCAGUCAAAUGAUUCGAUGUAGUGUUUUAUACACGGCUCAAAAAAAUGAAAAAUGAAACGAGCGAAACAUUCCAUAAAUUGGAAUAAUGUGCGUUUUUUUUUUACAAUGAAUCUCCUGCUUUGAGGGAUAAAAAAAUCUUUGUUUGAUUAUCAAACUUCCUUUUGACUCCAUUUUCUCGUCUUUCGCCUCAGCAACAGGUUUGCUGAUUAAACUUUUCAACAACGUCCCUGUAACAUUCUGUGGGUUGUUGAUGCAAUUUUACUGCCCCUACUUAACAUGUUUAGUUGUUGGUUAAAGUACUUAUUUUAAAGAAAAACAGUAAGCCAAGUGUCAUCAUUGCAUCCCUGGGGUUGGCUCACUGUGUUUCAGUGUGGUGUUCUAGAAAGAGUAGCCAUUUCAUGCUGUGUUGCCAUGCAUGUGCCAUUGAGGUCGAAACUAAACUGUUUGAGUAACAAAGCACCAAGACAUUGUCUUUUUUUAUAUAUUAGCACUGAGGACCAAUUGCCCUGUCGGACCAAGCAUAACAAAGCUUUUUAUGUAAUAAAGCAGUUUUUUAUUUUCUCUCUCUCUCUCUGCCCACUAUAUCUUCUCUUUCUUUUUUUUUAUUCUUUACACCUUCCCUGACUUGCCUGUAUUUUUUUGUGACAGCACAAGUGCCAGUCCAGUUGCUUUUUAAGAACAUAAUGUUUUGUUUCUGGGGUUUCGUUUUAUUUUUGUUCUGUUGUUAUUAUUAUUUGAAUUGUUAUAGUUACGUCUACCUCAGCACCUAAUCUUAGCCUAAUCUUAGAAGGUGCCCAAUUAUUAUUAUUAUUAUUUUGUUUCGUUUUUUUGUCAAUUGUACAAAUUUUAAUUUGCAUUAGAGCUUUGCAACGGUCCUCUUGUCUCUUUCAGCAACAUGCUGUGUUUUUGUAGCACUAUCUGGGUUUCGUGCUGCAGAUACUGGCAUCAGUUUCCUGAUGGCGUAGUCUUUCUUUUGGUGUAGGAUCAGACACAUCUCUUUGUAACAUUUCAGUGUUCUCUGAUGGAGUGUGGAAAAAAUAAAGAAUUUAAAGAGA